GAAUGUAUCCAAUGAUCAGUGGACAAAACAUUUUUGAUUUACUUUCCAGAAGCCCAUCCACGCCCUAUUUCGAUGUUGCGCGUGCCCGGUGGCCUAUACGUCACAGGUGCGCGCCGCCUUUCCUUCUUUCUCUCGACCUGAAGAUGGCGGCAGGGACACUCUACACAUACCCAGAGAACUGGAGAGCCUUCAAGGCUCAGAUUGCAGCCCAGUACAGCAGUGCCCACCUGAAAGUGGCCAGUGCGCCCCCUGCCUUCACCUUUGGACAGACAAACCGCACCCCUGCUUUCCUCAACAACUUCCCCCUGGGCAAGGUUCCAGCUUUCCAGGGUGAUGAUGGUUUUUGUCUGUUUGAGAGCAACGCCAUUGCUUAUUACUUGAGCAGCGAUGCCCUGCGUGGUAGCACUCCCCAGGACAGCGCCCAGGUAUUGCAGUGGGUGAGCUUUGCUGACUCUGAGAUUAUCCCCCCAGCCAGCGCCUGGGUCUUCCCCACUCUUGGCAUCAUGCAGUACAACAAACAGGCUUCAGAGCAGGCCAAGGAGGAGGUGAAGCGUGUGCUUGCUGUCCUGAACCAGCACUUGAACACCCGCACCUUCCUGGUCGGGGAAAGAGUCAGCUUGGCAGACAUUACAGUGGUCUGUUCCCUUCUGUGGCUCUAUAAACAGGUCCUGGACCCUGCCUUCCGUCAGCCCUUCCCCAAUGUGACACGCUGGUUUUUGACCUGCAUCAAUCAGCCUCAGUUUAAGGCUGUCUUGGGGGAGGUCAAGCUCUGUGAAAAGAUGGCCCAGUUUGACGCCAAGAAGUUUGCUGAAAUGCAGCCCAAGAAAGAUGUCCCCAAGAAAGAGAAGGGAGGCAAGGAUGGAGGCAAGCAAGAUAAGAAGGAGAAGAAGGAAAAGAAGGAGGAGAAGAAGGCCCCUGCCCCAGCUCCUGAGGAGGACAUGGACGAGUGUGAUGCUGCCCUGGCUUCAGAGCCCAAAACCAAGGACCCAUUCGCACAUUUGCCUAAGAGUUCAUUUGUGUUUGACGAGUUCAAGCGCAAGUAUUCCAAUGAAGAUACACUGACAGUGGCUGUGCCCCACUUCUGGGACCAGUUUGACCGCGAGGGUUAUUCAAUCUGGUAUGGGGAAUACCGUUUCCCCGAAGAGCUGUCAAAGACAUUCAUGAGCUGCAACCUCAUCACAGGAAUGUUCCAGCGACUGGACAAAUUGCGCAAGAACGCUUUCGCCAGCGUCAUCCUCUUCGGCUCGAACGAUGACAGCAGCAUCUCUGGCAUCUGGGUGUUCAGAGGACAGGACCUGGCUUUCACGCUUUCCGACGACUGGCAGAUUGACUAUGAGUCAUACGAGUGGCGUAAGCUGGAUGUGGACAGCGAAGAGUGCAAGACCAUGGUGAAAGAGUACUUUGCAUGGGAGGGAGAGUUCAAACAUGUAGGCAAGCCUUUCAACCAGGGCAAAAUCUUCAAGUGAGAGGUGCCUGUGUUUCUCUUACUCCUAUCCCUGUGUCCAUCAACGCCUCCAUCUAAGGACAUGCAACCACCAAAUAGCCCAUCAUGGGGGGCGGGGGGGGGGGGGGUCUCGACUGAUACUGGAGACAGCUGAAGGAGGGAAGGAUGUUUGAGUUGAAUAAACUAUUUUCAAGAACCAUAUAAUUUUUGGAUUUGUUUUUGUUUUGCAAAUGUAUGGUAGACCAUAUUAUGUCUAAAUGUAGCCACAGUGUCUUUGAGGAUAGCAUUUGCCUACAGUCUUAUGGUGGGUUUUCCUAUGCCUUCAGUAACACUCCCACGCCUACCCAGCCCUCAGCACUGAAGACAAAGGCCCCCUUUUUGGUCUCAACUGCGGUGUACUUUGACUUGAUUUAUGCAAUUAAGCCAGUAUUCAUUUUUGUUACAAGCACUGUUUAAUUUUGGCUGCAGGUAAAUUGUUGUACAUAAAAUGAAAACUCAAGCUAUUUAGUUGAAAUGUUUUUGCAGUUAAUGUAGCAUGUAAUCUAGGUUAAAGCUAAACUAUUGGACUUUGGAAAAGUAUUGGAAUGUUUUGGAUCACUAAAAUUGGGGUGAAAGUUAACUUGCCCUGAUUUUUUUGUAUUUAAAUGUCUAGUAUUCAUAGCUUGUCCAUUGAAAAUUAUGAAAACAAUCAUUCAAAAUAUGCAGUUGAGACAAAUGAUUUGCUAUGCCAUAUUGCGAUCUCAGGGGGUGUAGGUUUAAUCAAGUUUACACAGCUUUGUAAAGAAUUGAUACAAAUUCAUGAGAGAGUGGGUUGAUAUUUAACAUUUGCUCAUUGCCAGUGAACACUGUUUUAUCAGAAGAAAUGCUCAAUAUUCUUUUGAAUAGACUGGGAAUGCUUUCUGCAAUUGGAUCGCAUAGGAUUUUCAAAAUGAACACUGUCCCUUUUAUUCUAACCUCAAGCAAACGAAUGGAGUAAGCAUACACAUAAUUUAGGAAAUGGUUACAGCAUGUACUGAGAGGCAACAAAAUGGCUGCUCUGUUGCCUCCCACUGAGGAACACACAGUUCUUGAUUUUGGGGCGGGUGAACAUUGCGUAGUUCUCCUGUAUGUCCACUAGAGGGUGGGCAGAUGCCUUAAAUCAGAUCAGGAACCGAGUGAGUCUUCAAAAUGGUGUGGCAAUUGCCUGCCAAGAAAGUUUUGCCAAUUGUGUGCUGUACUAACAUGUUAGAUUCAAAAUGGAUGUUUACUUAAAUGGCUUCAGUGAAUCUUAUACUGCAGUGCCCAGGGGUGUGUAGUAUUUUGCAAUCAUCUUGCUACUUGAAAUGCAGAACGCAUAAAAGCUAUUUGUACUCAAGAUUUGCAAAUUGGCUGAAACAAGUUUUAAAAUUAGGACAUAAAGUGAUGUCAUUUCAUUACCUUGACUAUAUCCGGUGUGAAGUGGCACUCUUCUUUCAGAGUAGUCUGCGGCAUUUAAAACCGUGUAAACCUAACCGCGAUAGUAGGAGAAUUGUCCGGAGUGGAGAACAACCAGGCAAUCAGAAAUUCCAGGUUCUCAGAUAAGGCUAAUCUGGACCUGUGAAACAAGCUCUGCGUGUGGGUGUGCUCACUUUGUCCUCAGUCCACUAGUCUUUGCUUGUCUGCAUGUUGAUCACCCGACACCUGUGAGAAGUGCAGGGAAGGUGGCCCCAGCUUGACUGUCUGCAUAUCCCUACCAAGGGCUGUUUAAGUUUGAUGACGUGCUCCUCUUGGUGGUCCACACUUUCCAGGCCUCUAGAGGGCAGCGGGCAGUAAACCUGAAGUUUCCUGUAAUUGACAUUGGUGAAAGACCCACCAUUUGUGAUGGUAAACAUUUAAACAUGAUGUGUUUUUACACCGUAACUACUAUAAUUAUAUUGUGUUGGCUUGCUUCUUUGGGUGUUUUACACUGCUCUAUAGGGUUUAAUGCUUUGCAGAUUUAUAUAUUAGCAAAAUGUUGAAUUGGGUUAUAUUCAGCAAAAGAAAAUAAGAUGCUAAAGAAAUGCUUUGCAAUCUGUAAUGUUCAAAUUCUUUAUGCAUUGCAAGCAUAUUUUUAGCACAGAACUGGAAAAUAAGCAUCAGUUUUGACAUAAAAUUUCCAUUUAAUAUAAAAUAAAAAAUACUGUUCUCACAUGAUUUUUGGGGAUUUUAUGUUUUUGGUAAAGUUUUAGCUUUUAGUCAAGGCCGGCCAGAUGAUGACGUGUCGUCAAUGUGGGAGGUUAAAAAACAGCAGCACUUGUUAAUGUACAUUCACCCUGUUUGACUCUAAGCAACAGUAAAUAGUUAUUAGAUGUCUCUUGCAAGCUUAGGAGGUGUGGCUUUCAUAUUUUUCUGUGAACUUGUGGUUUGACUUGUUCACAACGGGAAGAAUGUUCAAACUACUGAGCAAAUACAUUUUGACCUUCCCUAAAGAGAGCCCUAACAAUCUGGCAGAUGCAGUGACGUCACCACAAGGGGCUCGUUACUAUGAAAUGAGCCAUGUCACAUGGUCGUAUUUAGGAGGGAGUCCCAGACUUUAGGAAACUCAGUUAGGCCUGUCGUCCGAUGACAUACAUUGCACAAGCCCCAUACAUUGACCUACAGCACAGCUCAUACCUGCCAUGACUUUUUGCAGGUGACUUUUUAACUAAGGAUCAGGAAUGACAAUAUGGUGCAUUUGCAUGAUUUUUAUUUAUACAUCUUUCACUUGGUGCCAAACCUCUGUAUACAAUGAUAUACUUGAUAUGCUAUGUUCUGGUGAACAAAAAAAAAGGUUCUGGUUUAAAAAAAAAAAAAAAAAAAAAGAUUAUGCAUGCAUUUUACAUUUCAUAAAGAUACCAUUCUUUUUUUGAUUUAUGGAAGUGCGUAUAUACACUAAAUGUGAAUUUUAUUAGGUAUUUAUUACUUAUUUUUUAGACUUAUUAGUCAUCUGCUGCCGUAGCCCAUCCACUUUAGAUGUUUGAAGCCUUGUGUGUUCAGAGAUGCUCUUCUGCAUACCACUGUUGUAAUGUGUGGUUAUUUGCAUUAUUGUCACCUUCUUGUCAGCUUUGGCCAUUCUCCACUGACCUCUAUCAUUGACAAGAUUUUUUUGCCCACAGAACUUCUGCUCACUGGAUGUUUUUUUGUUUUUUUCGCACAAUUUUCUGAAAGAUCUCAAACCACCCUGCCUGGCACCAACAAUACAAUCAAUCUUCUUCUAAGUCACUUAGAUCAUAUUUAUUCCCCAUUCUGACAUUUGGUCUGAAAAACGGCUGAAUGUCUUGACUGUCUGCAUGCUUUUAUGCUUUUAGUUAAAUAUUUACAUUAAGAAGCUGGUAUACAGGUCUACUUAAUAAACUGCUCAGUGAGUGUAUGUUAA